UGUUAAUCCCUAGGACAAGGAAGUUGUCAUUUUCGACCAUGUUGAUGAAAUUUAUUAUGCAAGGGAGACUACUCGCAACUAACUGAAACAAGAAUGGCUGCGCUGUUGAAGAAGCGAGCUCUUGCUGAGUAUAGUCAAGUUAUUCAGGAGGAGGCUCCUAAACCAAUUAAGAAGUUACGUCUAGUCCAGCGACCCCCUGAACCAGAAAUUCAGCUAAACCUGCAAGGUCUGUCUUCCCAUGAUGCUUUGCAAGCCUUGCUCAAGUUUGAAGGUAGUUUGCCAGUCACAAGUGCGAGCCUCGGACCUGUCAUUAGGGGCCUUUUGGAGCAUUAUGCACGUGAAAAGGAGGCUGUGGUACGAGGGAAGAUUGCUUGUCUGCUAGGGAGACUGUCAAAGAUUCCUGGAAUCAGUGCAGAUAGCCUGGCUGAGGAGCUGAUUACGCUUCUUGGCAAAGAAGAAUCGCAGAAAGCAAAGAGUCAGCUGAUCUCUGGCUUGUCUGUGAUUGGUCAGUCUGCUGCCUCACACAAAACACUCCACAAACAGCUUGUUAAUAUAGCAAUACAGAAUUUGACCAGUGACAGCCACCAUAUCAGAAGCAGCUGCCUUCAUUUAAUUGGUCAUUUGGAGUCACAUGACUUAUCGAAGGGAGAUAACAAAGAUGCAGAAGUGACAGAUGCUCAGAAAUUGUUGGAAAAUUUCUUUCAAGACCAAGAUUCCAGAGUUAGGUCAAGUGCCUUUGAAGCUUUGUUGACAUUACAUGAGAGGGGAGUAAAGUUGGAUGAAAGUUUAUACAAGGCAGCUUGGGAAGCACUGAAUGAUGAUUAUGAAGGGGUGAGAUUGGUUGCAAUACAGAUUGUAUGGGUCCUUAGUCAUCUGUAUCCAGAAAGCCUUGUUCCUGUGCCAAACUCAGAUGAGGAACUUCGAUUGGUUGAUGAUGGCUUUGUUAAAAUUUGUAACAUGAUAAAUGACAUAUCGGUGAAAGUACGAACAAAAGCUGCUAGUUUACUGGGUUCCUUGCAUCUUGUCAGUGCACGGUUUCUGGAGCAAACACUAGAUAAAAAGUUGAUGUCAAAUAUGAGGAGGAAAAAGACAGCCUCAGAAAGAGCUAAGGAUAAUUACUCAUCUGGUGUGUGGUCCACAGGGCAGAAGUGGGCUGAUGAUGCCCCUAAAGAGGAACUUGACCCUGAAAGUAUCAAUCUGAUGAACAUAGGAGCCUGUGGAGUUUUUGUUCAUGGUCUGGAGGAUGAAUUCUCAGAGGUGAGAAACUGCACAUUGGAUUCAAUGUGUGAGCUGGCCUCCCAGAAUCCAGCAUUUGCCUUAUUAUGUCAGGAUAGUAUCGCCGACAUGUUUAACGAUGAGAUAGAGAGUGUACGCCUGAACGCAAUCAACAGUCUGAAAAAACUGAGUCAGCAUUUAGAACUACGUGAAGAUCAGCUCGAUAUCAUGUUAGGUGUUUUACAGGAUUUUUCCUAUGUGUCGAGAGAGUCACUGAGAGAUAUGUUGUGUGAGAUGAAGUUUGCAACUAAAGAAUGUCUCAAUACAUGUGUGGUAGCACUGCUUGAUAAUCUGAGGAGAUACCCAGAGGAUAGGCUCAACAUAUGGAAAUGUAUGCAGUAUCUAGGAAAGAACUGUGCCAACCUUGCUUUGCCACUGAUGCCAGAGUUUCUAUGUCUGCAUCCAUACUUUGAUACCCCAGAACCUGAGAUGGAUGACCCAGCUUAUAUCAGUAUAUUGGUUUUAGUGUUCAAUGCAGCUGCAGGCAAUAGGACAGCUUUACCCAUGUUUCAGGAACAUACCUGGAGACAUUUUACAUAUUUGAGGGAUAGUAUUCCUGAAAUGGUGCCAGAUUUACAGAACGUAGAGUCCAGUGUUGUGCUUGUUGAGGAUAAAGCACCGGAGGAGAAAUCUGAUCAGGCUGCAACAUUUAUAAAAUCUACAGUAGAGAAGUUGUCAGAUCUCCACUCACUGGAUACAACUACUGCAAAACAACUGCUAGAAACUGCUGUCAGGGAUCUGCAAAGAGUGACAGAACUAGACACUAAUACUUCAGCCUCAGCAGAAUGUAUAUGUUUGUUCUUACAGAGCCAGCUUCUUAUUACACAGUUGAUGUCCCAGCAUGCCUACAUCCUGACUGGAAGUGUUACCGUUAGCAACCUGAAUGUUCUGGUAGACAAGGUACUUAACCUAACCAACAGGCUGCAGACGUUAUUUUUAGGUCUUGGAAAUAAUGACCUCUCCCUAAUAAAGCAGACGGAACUAAAGGCCUUGACCUUCAGGCUCGGCUCAACUUUAGCCAACUCACAGGAGCUUGCAACACAGAUGAAAGCACAGGAUGUGUAUACAAACUAUCUGAAUGGGUUGCAAAAAUUUUUAUCAUCUCUAGAUUCACACACAGACAGUUGCACAUCUUACCUGAUGUCCGAAAUAAUGAAUCUCAAAAGUAACCAGUUAUCCACUGUACAGAAUGUGCUACAUUCAGCCUUAAAACUUGUGCGUCCAGUCGCUUGUCCACUAUUGAACAAAGUUCGUAAGGCAUAUGGCGUAAUUCAUGAGCCAGCUAAGAUGUCAGACAACCCGAUAAAAUUUACUGCAGGCCUCACCACAGCUGUGUUGUUAGUUGCUGAUAUUGAAAAUGUUGCCGGGAUUGAAAAUGUCCGAAUUCAGGUGAAGUACCCAGACACAACUGUAGCAUUGACAAUACCUCCAUCUCAUGAUGUACGCAAGAGAAGUGCUCUCGGUCAUCGACUGACCACAAAUGUUCUCCUCUCACAUGGUCACUGGUCAGAAUCGUGUACUGUUGAGAUAGGCCUGGUUGUUCUUGCAUCUUCAGCUGCCAAAACAAAGUUCAAAACCAAGUCAGCAUCAAAUACAGAGGAAGACAAUAAUGUUAUAGAACUUUGUAAACCUGUGAAAGUCCUCAUCUCACCCAAACCUCAUAAACGAUGAGAGUAAAUAUACAAAAUGUGUAAAUGAGCCAUGCCAUGGGAAAACCAACAUAGUGGCUUUGCGACCAGCAUGGAUCCAGACCAACCUGCGCAUCCGCGCAGUCUGGUCAGGAUCCAUGCUGUUUGCUAACAGUUUCUUCAAUUCCAAUAGACUUUAAAAGCGAACAGCAUGGAUCCUGACCAGACUGCAUGGAUGCGCAGGCUGGUCUGGAUCCAUGCUGGUCGCACAGCCACUAUGUUGGUUUUCUCAUGGCACGGCUCAAAUUUGACAGUGAUAAUAAAUAUAAUAAUAAUCAUAAAGGGUCCUUGUUUGUUUUGAUAUAAGAUCAAAAUAUCUGUCACAAACCGAACACAAUAUGUUAUACAUUAUAUAUUCAUGCAUGGCUGUGUCAGUCGUUAAAAUGAAACCUAAUAAAAUAUAGUUUGAUCCAGGGUUUUUCAAAAAUGAGUGACCCUGUUUGAUUGUACAUGUAAAACGCAAGUUCCAAGAAGAGAGGCGAUAUUGUUUUCAGCUUGUGUAAUUUUUGAGAAAAAUAGAGUAUUGUGCAAAUUUAUCACCGGUGUUGGUAAAAAUUUGUAUCUCUACCUGUUCUCAAAAACCUGUAACAGCUAAAGUUUUAAAACUACACUGCACACUUGUUUAUCAUCUUCAGGUGACUAUGUAGACUCUGCACCAUAACAGUGAUAAGCAGAAUUAUGGACUUUUUGUACUUAGAAAACUUGAUUUUCUCAGUGGUUGAAGGUUUUGUUUAGAUGCACCUUUUCUCAAAAACUAUUAGAGCUACAGCUUUGAAACUUUGAACAUUUGUUUGUCAUCAAAGUAAGUAGACCAAGAACAAUAGCCCAAACAUUCAUUUUUAUCACAAUUAUGGCCCUUUACAUACUUAAUUAGAAAAUUUGAAUUUCAAGGAUAAAAUUUGUGUUAAGGUCCACUUUCCUUUUGCGAAUUUUUAAAUACUAAAUUAAACGAAGGAUGACAACUUUCAUUCUUAUUUUUUGCCUGUAAACAAAGUUAUACGUAUCUGUUAAGUAUCAAAGAAUAAAAGUAACAUUAAAUAAGAUAAUGUGUAUUUUCAGUCAAUAUGACUUGUAUAUUUAAGAAAAAACAAAUGCAUAUAGGAAGAUUUGCACAUUUUUCGUUUGAACAAUUGUGUACAUUGAAAUAUAAACGUCAGGCUUGACAAACUGUAAAAAGCCAUAAAAUGCAAGAAGUCUACAUUGAACGGGAUUUCAAGAAAGAAUUAUCAAAUACGCUCUCAACAUGAAAAAAAACUUUUUUGAGACGACCCCUAGGAUUAAGUACACUUAGACCGACAAUGUCUAAUAGAGCGUGACAAAUCCACUAUCGCUUUUGGUUUGCAAAUAUGAAGCUUUUAAAUGAAACUUUUGGAAGUAUUUGGUGAAAUAUAUCGUAGUUCGUCAAUAUAUAAUUUAUUAAAGUGCAACGACCAACUACAAACUUACAUGUAAAUAUUUUUACAUAGUAAAUUGGGAAACCGUAAAUAAAAUAUACUUAUCGGCUCAAGAUUAUAAAUAGACACAACAAUUUGGUAAACCUUUAAUAUAUUUCCUUCUUUUUCUUUUGACUCAGUAAAUACCUAAAUACGUGAUGGAGAUAUACGUUUUCUUCUUGCUUCUUUCGUUGUGUGCCGGGCAAUAUUUUGAUGAAAACAAAGUAAAGGCUUGUUCGGCUGAUAGUACAUUCUUACAACCUGAGAAGCAGUGUCAUGAAUUCUGUGCUGUUUCAAAGAAGUUGGGUAGGGGUACUAUUACUUUCAAGCGAAAUGUAACGUCUACGAGGAAUAGUGACAAGAUAGACACACGAGCAGAAUCGUCUUCCGUGGAUGCGCAAGAUAGUGAAAGUAUGCCCUUCUGUACGAUAGUUAUUUCAAGUUCUUGUGUUGCAGUUUUACUUUUAACAUGUUUUUGCUGCAUCAUUUUCUUUUUGAUUAUGCGAAAAAGCAGGUCAAAUGAACAUACUGACAAUGAUCAAUGUCCGCUGCUUCUUAACUCCCGAGAAGAUCGUGCAAGUCAGUCGCAGGAACGUAGAAGCGAUACCCGUCGUUCAAGCCCAACGAUGACAAAUGACAGUAAUUUAUCGGUUCGUAAAAAGUAUGAUGAAACGCCGAUGGGCAACGAUGAAUCUUCAGACGUGAAGGACACAGACAAAUGUAAGACAUUAAAUCAUCCCCACACAACAGUUAAUCAGACAACAGACCAAUGUGCGAACUUGGAGGAAGUACCGAAUUCGCGAAUCUUGAAUGACAUUCGAGAACCGAAGGAGCGAAUGGUGUGCAAAGUAUGCCUGAAUGGGAAAAUGUGCGUUGUAUUUCUGCCGUGUAACCAUAUGGUUGCAUGCGAGAAUUGCUCGGUAAUGUUAGACCGGUGUGCCGUAUGUCGAACUGUGAUCAAAGGAACUUUAACAAUUGCGUCGUCGACAUCUGAAGGUAGAAGACAGAAGAGCAACGGAAUCUCUCAUGGAAAAAGACAAGACUUGCUUGAAAAAUCUCCAAAGCAGAGAAAUGGCCGGCCUAAUGGGAGUCGCAAUCUGGAAGAUUGUGAAGAAGUUCAAGGUCAGCAAAAUCUGCAGAAAGAGUUAGAGGAACUGAAAGACAAGCUCAUGUGUAAAAUUUGUUUCAGUUGUGAAACAAAUGUGGUUUUUCUUCCAUGUGGUCACAUGAUUUCCUGCCAUGCCUGCGCACCACAUAUUACGAAAUGUGCGCUUUGCAGACAACCUAUAGAAGGCCGGAAGAAAAUAUUUCUAUCAUAACAAUCUCAGUGGUAAUUCUAAGACUUCUGGGAGCAAUUGUAAAAUAAAUAAAAAUAAUG